GCUAAUAAAUAUUCUGAAAAUACAGGCCCGCCAUUCGUAACACGAGCAAAUAGUGACAGUUUCAAUUUUCCAACCAUGUCGGAGAUUAAUUGGGAAAACUUUGAUCCUCAAGCUGAACAUUAUUAUGAUGAAGGUUCCAACAAGUAUGAGAAUGUUAGUGCAGAUUCCACAGCUACUAAUGAUCGGAAGAAGAGGCAAUUGCAAUAUCCCUAUCUGGUAGUCAGGAAGAAACAUGCUUUAAUAACUGAAAGCUUGCUGAAAAACUUCUUUGGAGAGGCCAUCAUAUAUGGCAUUGAAUACCGUACAGCUUCUGGUGUGUUUUUUGUGUAUUUUCACAACUUGGGUUCCCUGGAAGCAGCCAAAAUUAAAAUACGCCAGUUUCCAAAUAUUAUUGACUGUGUAGAGGGUCGACCAAAUUAUUACCAAAACCAGUUGCCUUCUGAUCAGUUACACAAUGAAAAUGUGAUGCCAAUGGAAGAUCUGACGGACAAAAACGGAAUAGAUGAGAAGCGGACUAUAAAAGUGUCGGAGAAAGAAAGCCAGCACCCCGCAUUCCACAAGGUUCCUAUAGUCAUAAAAGCAGAUUACAGUGCCAAGAAUUCUUUGAUAGCAAAGAAUGAUGUCUAUCAACGCUACCUGAAUGUUAAACACGAGUUUGCAUUGGAGCGUCUUGGUGUCUAUGUGACUGUGGAUUCUCUAGAAAAGGAUCAAGUCAAACAACAAAGGCGUUCAGGACGCAAGGUGGUAACUUAUAUACAGGAGUUAGAAACCAAACCAAGCGACAGUGAAUCAAAGCUUGCGCAGCGAGCAAACAUGUGCUUGGCAUGCAUGUGCUACACGGAUAACAGUUGCAAGUUCUGUAGCAUGCCCUUCUGUAAUAAGACUUGCUUCAAUAAACUUUCCACUCUGCACAAAGAGACCUGCGCUACUGGAAAAUGGCCAAUACUAGAUGAAACUAUUGACGAACAAUUUACUAAGCUCAAGUUGCCGCCAUCUGGCAGCAACGUAAAAAUAACAGCGUUUGAGCAAUCUAACGUAGUUUAUGUGCGUUCAGCUGAAAUACACGCAGAGGUAGCUUACUUCAAGCUCAUCUCAGAUGUUAUGUGCCACGGCAAGUCGGCAACGAAGCUAACUAAGCUGCCACGCUGCGGCGAGCUGGUAAUAUAUAAGAUUGAUACUGAAAUAAUUCGUGCCAUGGUGCUCAAUGUAGAAGAUCCGCAAGCCAUCUAUAUAGUCUGUGUAGACUAUGGUAGCGUAGAGAUAACAACACUCGAUUGUCUGUAUGAAUGCAGCUACUAUUUAGCUAGCUUGCCGCGCUACACUGUUCCCGUACUGCUGCGUGGCGUGCCCAAGCGUUACCUAACUAGUAAUCUUUGUGGUGUAUUUUAUGAACUAAACGACAAUUAUACUUUUGUAUUAAAGUACGCAAAGCACGACUUUGAUGCUGGCAAAGGCAUGCAGCGUGUGUUACUUAUUGAGACCGAAAUGAAUCGCAGCCUGAAUCGUCUAGUUAAAACAAUAAUAACGCCAGUGGAACCAACAUUAUACACCAACCCAUUAACGGAAGAUUAUCUGCAUCAUGUGUAUUUACCCAAUGGAAAGCACAUGGAAUUGGUUGUCAUGGACAAUAGUUACCUAAAGGACGGCAUCAUCUACUGCACCUUGUUGGAAUAUGCGUACGAAAUAACACAACUACAACGUGACUUACAAUUUUAUGGUGAAAGCCUUGCCAAAAGAACAUACUAUGCUCCACGUAAAAAUGAGCUGUGCAUUUGCAAAUAUCACGACAAAUGGUGCCGCGGUAUUUGUAUGGAGAUAGUGGGAGAUGGUUAUCCCAGCAUUCUCUUUUUAGACUAUGGUAACAUAACGCCCAUACAUAUAGAUUACAUACGUCCAUAUGCGCCUCAGUUUAAUUAUCCAAUAUUAACCAUAUUAUUCGUUAUAAAUGAUUUGGUGCCCUGUGACAUGAGCGACAGCCAUUGGAUUAAACUAGAACAACAGUUAGCGAUUGGAUCUAUAUUUAAGUGCAACGAAGUGAGUUACGACGAGAAAGAAAAUAAUUACUCAAUGUGUUUGGGUGUGGAUGCUAUACUCUCAUCAAAAUAAUUAUACUUUAACUAACUUGACUAAAAGUACAUACGAAGAGAAAAUGAA